GAGGAGGAGGAGGAGGAGGGAGAGGUCUCUGCUUCUCUGUCCGAUAAACGACCAACAAGUCUGGACACUGAAACUGUGAAUUAGAAACAUACAGCACGAUUUACCAACUGGUUGGAAUAAAACUGAUAUUUUUUUUUAGUACGAAUCUCCAAUUGGAUUUAGCAGCUGAGAGGAGUACGUGGACGGCUCAGAAACGGAGGUGAUGGUAUCAUGGCUUCCCUGUUUGCUGAGUUACCCUCCUAGACUUAGCAAUUAUAUAAACAAUAUAUAAACAACACGUCUGUGGAAACUACUUACACUUGGCACACCGUGUGCGAGAGGGAUGACAACCUCCCAUCUGAAUGGCCAUGUUGCUGGGGAGGGAGGCGGAGGAGGAGAUGAAGAGCUGAGGGGAGGACAGCAGCACCGGGAAAUGGCUGUUGACUGUCCAGGAGAGCUGGGGAGUCGAACACUGCCAGUCCGACGAUCUGCACAACUGGAGAGGAUACGACAGCACCAGGAGGACCUUCGGCGUCGCAGAGAGGAGGAGGGUCGGCAACUCGAUCUGAACGCCUCGCUCAGACUCAGAAAGCUCUCCCAGAAUCCCCACAUCGGGAUUGACAACCCAACAUUCCUGCAAGACACAUACAUACCGCAGCAGCCAGCGCUUGACAGCCAACACGCACAUGCACUGCUGGAAUUGGAGGAGUUGCUGCUGUCAUUGAAGCAGGUCCGUGGCUGCCUGUCUGACCAGCAGAGUCAGAAUGACAUAGAGCUGGUUCUUGCACUACUAAACAAGUCUGAUUUCCAGUCAGCACUGAAGAUCCAUAAUGCCGUGGCCACCAGCAUGCACCGACCCUCACCUCCAUACCCACACACACAGCAGAGCCUUCCGCUGGCCAUGGAGGUCAGGAAUCUCAUGCAGUCAAGUCAGAAUAAAGAGGGGAUGGAACUCUACAGCCUGCUGUCAGACACACACAUCCAGUCGUUGCUUCUGGCACAUGACAGCAUAGCAGAGAGUGAAAUGCAGCCUGAGCCACUGCCUGCCCAAGGAGAAACACUGACCCAGUGGGGAGGAGAGACUGUCAAAAUAGUUCGUAUAGAGAAGGCUCAAGACAUACCACUGGGAGCAACUGUUCGCAAUGAAAUGGACAGCGUUGUGAUCAGUCGUAUUGUUCGCGGUGGAGCAGCUGAGCGCAGUGGACUUUUAUUUGAAGGAGAUGAAAUACUGGAGAUUAAUGGCAUAGAAAUCAGAGGAAAGGACGUCAACCAAGUAUUUGACAUUCUUGCGGACAUGCACGGCCUCUUGACUUUUGUGUUAAUUCCCAGUACUCAGAGCAAACCUGCUCCUGUCAAAGAGACUGUGAUCCAUGUAAAGGCACAUUUUGACUACGACCCCUCAGAUGACCCCUAUGUGCCGUGCAGAGAACUGGGCUUAUCCUUCCAGAAAGGAGACAUUCUUCACAUUAUCAGUCAGUCAGACCCCAACUGGUGGCAGGCUUACAGGGACGGAGAUGAGGAUAACCAGCCGCUUGCUGGACUGGUACCAGGGAAGAGUUUCCAGCAGCAGAGAGAAGCCAUGAAGCAAACCAUAGAAGAAGACAAGGAGCCGGAGAAGUCUGGGAAGCUCUGGUGUGCAAAGAAGAACAAGAGGAAGCGGAAGAAGCUGCUUUACAACGCUCACAGGAAUGAUGAUCUUGAUAAUGAGGAGAUUCUCACCUAUGAGGAGAUGGCACUGUACCACCAGCCAGCCAAUAGGAAGCGGCCAAUUGCACUAAUUGGUCCAACCGGUUGUGGACAGGCAGAGUUUAGACAGAGGUUGCUCAACAACCAAUCAGAACGUUUUGCUGGAGCUGUACCUCACACCACACGGAGCCGUAGAGAGGGUGAGCUGAGUGGUCGAGACUACCACUUUGUUUCUCGUCAGACUUUUGAGGCAGAACUGGCCGCUGGGAAGCUGAUCGAGUCUGGUGAGUUUGAGAAGAACCUGUAUGGAACCAGUACAGACUCAGUGAGACAGGUCAUAAACACUGGAAAAAUCUGCGUGCUCUGUCUACACACACAGGCUCUGAAGGUGCUGAGGAGUUCAGACCUAAAACCUUACAUCAUCUUCAUAGCUCCACCUUCCCAGGAAAGACUUCGAGCCCUGUUGGCUAAAGAAAACAAGAAUCCCAAGCCUGAGGAGUUGCGGGACAUCAUAGAGAAAGCCCGGGAGAUGGAGCAGGGCUGCGGACACCUGUUUGAUGCCGUCAUCGUCAACACAGACCAGGACAAAGCCUACAACGAGCUGCUACGACUAAUCAACAAACUGGACACUGAACCUCAGUGGGUGCCCUCCUCCUGGCUGCGCUGAAAACACACUCACACACUCGCACAUCAUUCAUAGAGUAGACACACGGAGCCCAUGGAGUGCAUAUUUCUACAGGUUUGGCAAACUAGACCCUAAAACACUUGUGUGGCUUUUACACAGUGUGCUGUGGUGAAGGUUGAAACACAAUAUUAAAGAUGAUGUUAGGAAAAAACUAAUCAGAGAUAUGGAGAAUUUGCAAUAUUAUGAGAACUAAGUUCAAAUAGUUGGAUUGGAACACAAAAUCUGAAAUGUACAAGAAAACACACAAUACCAAUAUUGCUGAUUGUAAUUUGUAAGUUAACAAUUUCUGAAAAAAAAGUCACAAUAUUACAAAUGGCAAGUGAACAUGUUUUUUUUUAAAUAUAGUUACAAAAAGUCAAAACAUUAAAAGAUUAUUGUGGAAAUUUAUAAGAAAAUGUCAUAUUACAAGAACAAAGUCAAUUUUAUUUAAGAAAAUCAUAUGACUACAUCAAAUUUAGAGUGAAACCACAAAUCAUACAAUGAGAUAAAGUUGGGAUUACCAGAAAACUAUUGUCUAGUAGAAAUUAAAUUAUUUUUUUCCUUAAUUUUUCAGGUUGGAAUUUUAAAUUCAUGAAAUCAUUUUGAGAAUACAUUUGUAUCACAUCUAGUCACUGGUUUCAUUUCAUGUCAGGACUGGUGUCUGUGUAACAUUACUCUGCUGUGUCACCUGUAGUCACGAGUUCUACAUUAACCAGCAUUGGCUGAUUCACAAGGAGAGUAACUGUAGCGACAAAGACAAAGUAGGCAACAGCAGCUAGUAUAGUGGAGCUUAUGGUGAAAAAACUGAGGCGGCAUCACCACAAAAAAGUAUUUGAUGCUGCAGAUAAAAGACACCUGGCUAAAAAGGAAACUGAUUGACGUUGAUACCAUGUAGUGUCUGAUAGGCACAGAUUCUCAGUGUUAUGUGUAAUAAUGGUCAGUGGCCAGAGGGGGGAGACACAUGAUCUUCAGCCACACGACUUUAUUGUGACAGAGCAAAAAAAUACACAAUUGGUUAUUUUAUAUUUUAUAAGACAACUUUAUCUCAUUAAUAGGACGGCUUACAAAUCUGUGACUUCAAUUAUAAUUUGAGACACUUUGUUCUCAAAGUAGCUUUUUUUUUUUUUUUUUUAACCAUUCUUUAUUUAAAAAAUUUUACGUUUUUCAAACUGGGAUAUCUCACGGCAUAACCAGACCUUCCAAAAAAAUACAGUUUUAUUUGAAAAUAUUCAGCUUAAUGCUACAGUUUGGAUCAUGAUCUGACAUUUUACUAAACUAACUUUUUCUUGUAAGAAUGAAAUUAAUGAAUUAAUUCAACUUUCUUGUUUCAAAUUUGUUGACUUUUUCUAGUAAAAUUGUAUCAACAACUUAAUCAAGUUUUUUUUGUCAUAAAAUAAAUUUUAUUUUUAAAAUCAACUCUGGAAGUGCUAUGACUUUAUAGUCAAAUUUCUUAUUUUUUCAGAGGUUUUAGUUAUUAAACCUUGACUUUAUUUGUUUAUUUUUUAUCUUAUAAAAUUACGAUUAAGUUGUUUAGCAAAAAAUGUAUUUUGCCUUAUUAAAAAACAACUUUAUUGUUGAAAAUGAUGCCUUUUCCUUAUAAUUUCAACUUAAUUCUCACAACAUUGCAACAUUUUUCUCAAAAUCUCUGACUUUAGUAUUUCCUAACACUGAUACCAAUAUUGUUGUACUGUGGGGAGGAUUUUCUCUGCAACCAGUCAGCAUCUUCUGUAAUGUGUCGACCAGGCGGCACUGACUAACAGAAAUAGAAGUGUAUCAGCAAUUUGUGUAUGGACCACCCUGAAAGGGAGGAAAUGCUCAACAAACUGAUCUUGGAUGGUGCCUGACUGAUCCAUGAUGUUUUUAUUCCAACAUAUGGACCUGAAACACUGAUAUAUUUUUGUAGUUUUUAUUUUGAAAACGUAUUCUUUCUCAGAAUGUCUCGUUAAUGACGCUUCCUUCGACUUUAUCCUGUGAUCAUUUCAAGUAUUAUGAGUAGAAUCGAUUGAAGCUGUGACACGCAAAUAUUUUUUGCAGUGCAGAGAAUCAUUGUAAACAUUUGAUUUUGAAUUAAAGCCUCUUACAUUUAUUAUUAUUAUUAUUAUUAUUAUUAUUAAUAUUAUUAAAGAGCUGGGGCUUGUUCUAGGUUCCAGGCAAAACACAUGUACAGCUCAGGCCCCUGAUAAGCAGUAAAUAUGAAAAUCACACACACUUUGACAUUUAGUACAAAUUUUAACCUCCACUGAGCCACUGCGUUAAUGCUAUGAAGAACACUCCCACACACAUUGUGUACUUACACACCACCACGCUGUGUUAGUUGCUGACAUCCCCUGUCCUGAAACUACAGCCCUCUAGACUGACUGGUCGGCUGGAUGGCUGGUUUCUGCCUGGCUCUCCUGGUAAAAUGCACACUACUGCAAUAAACACUAGAAUAAAGGACCACAGCACUUGAUAUCUUUCUUUACUGAGUGACUGUUUUGUUUUUUCUGCCUGUUCUUCCUGACUGACUGGUGACAGAUCACGCUGUCAGCUGAUUUUUUUUUCUGUCCUGUCUGAUCACAUUUUAGUAGACCUUUGAGCCUGAUCCCUGAGGGGUGAGCAGGCAAAGAAAAGUGGUUGUUUUUUUUUUUUGUGUGUGUUCCUGUUUGGCACAUGAUGCUGAAUUCAUUAAAUAUUUAGUGUAUGUGUGUGUGUGCGUGUGUGCGUGUCUGUGUGAGUGUGUGCGCCUGUCUUUGAAGACAGUGAAGUAUUAUCAUGACCUGAAGUAGACCUGACACCAUAUCACUGUCACCACUGUGUAGAGCAUUUAUAUAUUUGUAAUAUUGAAAAUAGAUUUAUGAAGUCCAGAACACACCAGUAGGAUCGGAGGUUUCAGUCCCCCCUCCCCUCCCUGCCAUUGGUCCAGGAGGACGAGGGAGGCGGGGCUAAGUGGAAUUAACUGUAUUGAAUGUAAAGUUAAUUGAUACCACUUCUUGUUUAUCAGACAUUGCUUCUUCCUGAGAACAACUGCUUUUUGUAUGGAUAUUCACAAUGAAUAAAUAAAUAAAUAGUUGAUUGAUAGAAAA